AAAAGCAGAAAGCAUAUACUUCCGUGUUUGGGGUCUUCAGAACCACUACAAUGGCAUCUUUCAACAGCUACAUCUUGGCUUUCUUCAUGGCAUUGGCAUUGGUAUUUUCCAGCAUCAACGUUGGCUUGGCAGCUCGCCGGCUUCAGCAGACGCCACCAUCACCAUCUAUCCCCACCGAGCCACAGCAUACAGUACCAACAUUGCCAACCACCCAGCCAACUCUGCCUUAGCCUGGAGCGCUACCACCACUUCCCAGCAUCCCCAUCACCCUGCCACACUUUCCACAGUUCACCUUCCCACCACUGCCUAGCAUAGCUUCAAUCCCCCAUAUCCCCUUCCCAUUGUUCUCUCCACCACCUGCCACCACUAACCCUUGAGAAUAUGCAGCUUGUUUUCAUGAAUGUUAGUGUAUUUGAGAUCAAGUCUGUUAAGUUGGUUUCUUAGCAGUUAUUGUUAGUUAAUGUCUUUUAUGUAAUUAUGUAAUCCAUGUUUGAAUGUAGCAGUUUGAACUGCAU